CAAAACAAACUGACAGGCUCCACAGAGGCCCUCCUGCCCCCUCUAAAGACACCGGACACACAGUCCGUGAGGGAAAGUGAAAGAAGUCUUGUGAUGGUUGGGCGGGUCAAGCGUAUUUCUGGCUUGUUGUUUUGAAGGCCUACGGCAGGAGAGGGGGGUUAAAAAAAAACCCGAGUUAAAGAUGGCGGAAAUCGAAGGAGAUGAGACUGCUCGGCCCGCUCCUCCGUCACUGCUACCCGCAACAGCAGCGCCCCGCGUUAACGGAUCAGGGGUGCUCAGUUCUGGUAGCCAGACCCCGACCAUGGUGACUUCGGGUCCACGCGUGGUUCGGAUCGUAAAGUCGGAAUCGGGAUACGGAUUCAACGUCCGCGGUCAAGUGAGUGAAGGCGGCCAACUGCGGAGCAUUAACGGGGAGCUGUACGCUCCUCUCCAGCAUGUCAGCGCCGUGCUACCCGGGGGUGCGGCGGACCGGGCUGGUAUAGUGAAAGGAGACAGAAUACUAGAGGUUAACGGAGUGAGCGUGGAGGGGGCGACGCACAAGCAGGUGGUGGAUCUGAUCAGGGCUGGAGAGAGGGAGCUGGUGUUGACCGUGCUCUCUGUGCCGGCACAGGAAGCGGACGGACUUGACGGUGGCGAGGAAAGCACAGUGCAGCCCAAUUACGACUACAGCGACAAGCAGGCCGUCCCCAUUUCAGUCCCCACAUACAAACAUGUGGAACAGCACUCUGAGAAGUUUGUGGUGUAUAACGUGUACAUGUCGGGCAGGCAGCUGUGCUCAAAGCGCUACCGGGAGUUUGCGAUACUUCAUCAGAACCUGAAGAGAGAGUUCUCCAACUACAACUUCCCAAAGCUGCCAGGAAAAUGGCCCUUUUCUCUGUCUGAACAGCAGCUGGAUGCUCGCAGGAGGGGGUUGGAGGAAUACCUGGAGAGAGUGUGCUCAGUGCGGGUUAUAGGUGAGAGUGACAUUAUGCAAGAAUUCCUGUCUGAAUCGAACGAGAACCACAACGGCAUCACUGAUGUCGAGCUACGAAUAGCGCUGCCCGAUAAAACCACAGCUUCAGUAAGAGUCAGAAAGAAUAGUACCACUGACCAGGUCUACCAGGCUCUUGUCGUGAAGGUUGGGAUGGAUAGCAUCAUGGCCAGUUACUUUGCUCUCUUCGAAGUUAUUAACCACUCAUUUGUGCGCAAAUUGGCUCCUAACGAGUUCCCGCACAAGCUGUAUGUUCAGAACUACACCUCAGCUGUGCCCGGGACGUGUCUCACGAUGCGGAAGUGGCUCUUCAGCACACAGGAAGAGGAGUUGCUGCGGGACAACCCCCUUGGCCUGCACUACUGCUUCCAUCAGGCACAGGAUGAUGUGAAGAAGGGAUUCAUUAAAGCAGAGGAUAAAGCGUACCAGCUGCAAAAACUAGCAGAACAGAGAAAGAUGACAACGUAUCUGAGUCUUUUGCGCUCAUGUGAGGGAUAUAAUGAGGUGACGUUCCCUCACUGUGCAUGUGACUCACGAAGGAAAGGUCAUGUGAUCACAGCCAUCAGCAUGAAGCAUUUCAAACUGCACGCCUGCGCAGAGGACGGCACUCUUGAGAAUCAGGUGAUCCUGUUCGAAUGGUCAGAGAUGCAAAGAUGGGACACGGAUGAGGAGGGAAUGGCCUUCUGCUUUGAAUAUGUGCGGGGAGAAAAGAAACCUCGCUGGGUCAAAAUAUUCACUCCUUAUUUCAACUACAUGCACGAGUGCUUUGAGAGGAUUUUCUGUGAGCUCAAAUGGAGAAAAGAGGUUGAAGACGAGGCCUCGGACAAAGGCAAUAAGAACUGUAGUAAUAAUGAUUACCUCUCGCCGCUGGAGCAACAGAAGGGAUGGCGCCACCUAGGGGGCGAGAUUGCCACUUCCUAAACCUCUUCUCUAGACGCCCCUGUGUAUCAUCACACUAGAGCAGACCACCAUAAUGACCAUGUUACCACGGCAACACCCUAGCGACGCCAUACCAACCAUGUUUCCACGGAGACAAAAGUGUGCCUUUCAGAUGCAGAGCGUUCCAUAUGGCAACCACCGGCAACGCAAAAACGGCAUUAUCGUGGCCAAGCAGACGCAUAACUAUCGCUGCGGGGAUGUUUCGCACCAACGGGUUCUGCUGUCAUUUCAUCAAUAGAUACUUUGAACUCAUGUAAAAUACCACAUAGGACGAGACCUAAAGAUCUUCCACAGUUUAGGAGACACGCUCUUCCGUAAGUCUACUGGCUGGAUUUGGAAGAGCGUUAGUUAAAAUAGAGCACUGUUUUCAAGGCAGCGUAAUAACAAACAACCACUUUGUGUUCUAAACUGCAGCCGCUAUCAAAAAUGUUCAAAAAAAUCAAUAUAAACAGGAGGGGGAAAUCAUGCCUUAACAAAAAUUUAUUUGUGUAGCAAGGUUACCAUAAUACGGAAUCUCUCUAAAAUAAUAUUGUAAUUAGCAUUAUUACUUGAUUUUCCCAGAAUGAGCUCGUUUUUAUUUUAUUUCCCAUUAAAUGAGAAGUUAACAAGUGUGUGGGAGCAGUGAGAAGAGUGUGCAAUUUAGAAGUGAAAGGACACAAGUGUAAAUGGACAGGUGUAGUUUGCAUAAGCGACCUGUAGGGGGCCCCAGCAUCAAACACAUAGGAAGCUAUGCUCAGGAUACAGUUGUUUUUGCGUUCAGCUUAUAUGUUGGUCUCAGAGGGAACAUCAUGGAGUCUUCGAGUUGGUUUUAGUGUUAUUUAUUGUUUAAGACUGCAGAGGCCUCGCUUGCUCAGUCGUAGAGAGACAACAGGACCACAGCGUACCUUCUGACAGGAUCUGGAGAGUAAAAACACAGGACAGAUUGAGAAUAUUCCAAAUAUCAUUUCUUUUCUUAUAUGCUUUUAGGAGAAAAAUCUGGCCCAGAAGAAGGUGAUUGCUUUCAAAUUAAUUUACAAAAUCCCCACAGAGUGCUAAAAUAACAGCCAUUUUGUUUUCCAAAGUGGUCUGUUUGCUAUUUUUCUUUCUCUUUAUGUCACUCUCUUCUUUUUUUUAACGCAUACAGUUGAGGUCAAAAGUUUACAGAAUCUGCAAAAUGUUAAUGCAAAUUUUGACCAAAAUAAGGAGGGUCUUACAAAAAAGAUAUUUCACAAGGAUGUUUACAUAUAGUCCACAAGAGAAAAUAAUAGUAGUUUAUAAAAUUGACCCUGUUCAAAAGUUUACGUACACUUGAUUCUUAAGACUGUGUUUUUACCUGAAUGAUCCACAGCUGUGUUUUUUGUCAUAGUUAUGUGUUUUAUGUGAUAGUUGUUCAUGAGUUGCUUGUUUGUCCUGAACUGCCUGUUGUUCUUCAGAAAAAUGAUUCAGAAUCCUUCUUUGGUUAAUCAGAACUUCUGUGCAUUUGAACCCUUUCCAACAAUGACUGUAUGAUUUUGAGAUCCAUCUUUUCACACUGAGGACAACUGAGAGACUCAUAUGCAACUAUUACAGAAGGUUCAAACGCUCACUGAUGCUCCAGAAAUAAAAACAAUGCAUUAUGAACUGAGAGGGGUGAAAACUUUUGGAAUUUGAAGAUCAGGGUAAAUUUAACAUUUUGUCUUUAUGUGGUAGCAUGUAAGCAUCUUCUGAAGGGCAGUACUAAAUGAAAAAAAUAUGACGUUUAGACAAAAUAAGAAAAAUCCUCAUUCCGUUCAAAAGUUUUCACCCCCCCGGCUCUUAUUGCAUUGUGUUUCCUUCUGGAGCAUCAGUGAGAAUUUGAAACUUCUGUAAUAGUUGCAUAUGAGUCCCUCAGUUGUCCUCAGUGUGAAAAGAUAGACCUCAAAAUCAAACAGUCAUUGUUGGAAAGGGUUCAAAUACUUCGUGUUUUAAUAAUUUGUGUGACCUGAAGGGUUUUUCUAAAGAACAGCGCGCAGUUUAACUGUUCAGGACAAACAAGGGACUCAUGAACAACUAUCACUAAACAAAAAAAAACCCCACAGCUGUGGAUUAUUCAGGCAACAGCACAGUAUUAAGAAUCAAGUGUAUGUAAACUUUUGAACAGGGUCAUUUUUAUAAAUUCAACUAUUAUGUCCUCUUGUGAACUAUAUAUAAACAUAUUUUAUGUGAAAUAUUUUAUUCAGGUCAGUACUAAAUAAAAAAUAACAUGCAUUUUGUAUGGUCCCUCUUAUUUUGGUCAGAUUAACAUUUUGCAGAUUCUGCAAGAUGUAUGUAAACCUUUGACUUCAACUGUAAGCAGAGAACCAUAGUUUAAACAUGGUAUAGCCAAAAAGUUAUAUUAUAAUAAAGGACCUUUGUGGGUCCCCCUUGUCACAGGAACAGGUGCAAUUUUACCAUUUUCUUAAAAGAAUAGUUCACCCGAAAGUGAAAAUUAGCUUAAAAUGUUCUCACCCUCAGUCUGUUUCUUCAUCAGAAGAUAUUUGGAAAAAAUUAGAAUAACAUCACUUACUUUUCACUUCACAAUAUGUAAAUGAAUGGACUCAAGACGUGUGGAUUAUUGUAAUGUUUUUAUCAGCUGUUUGGACUCCCAUUCACUGCAGAGGAUCCGUUGGUUAGCAAGUGAUGCAAUGCUAAUGCUUCUGCAAAUGAAAAACAUCUUGGAUGGCCUGAGGGUGAGUAAAUAUUCAGCAAAUAUUCAUUUUAGGGUGAACUGUACUAUUCCUUUAACAGACAUGCAUGUUUAAUGCAAGUCAUAAGCUUUUCAUUCCAGCACAAUACUGCGAUAGCUUAUCCUCAUCAAAAUGCGUAAGCCACCUUUGGCUACGAUACUCUGAUCAAUAAGUGAGUUUGUAAUGUGUGUGUGUGUGUAUGUGUGUGUUUCUUAUCAGAUUGCUCUCUGGAUAGAGUAAAGGCUCCUAUUAUAGCAGCACAGUAGCAUCUGUGAUCUAAGCAUAUUUACAAAAACUUAAUUUGUGUCUUCGGUCCUCAUUAUUUCCGUGUUUGAUUAGUUCAGCCAGUUUAUCAAUGUGAAUGAAGAAAAAAAAAAAAGUAAGACCUGUGUGUAUUAUGGUUGUGUAACUUGUCUUUUCGUCAGGAGUGCAGGUGUGACACUUUCGCAAAAUGUCAAAAGUGUUCCACCCUGUAUUGUUCACCAGCGCUAUAAAAUUUUAAUUGUUCGGUCAGUGUUUCUUAUUUUGUGUCAAUGUGCCAGGAGAAAAAAAAAAAGAA